AUGAAAGUCGCUGUUGUUGGUGGUGGGAUCAGUGGGCUGACGGCCGUCUGGCUGCUGAAUGAAUAUUCUGACCAUGACGUCGAUCUCUUCGAGGCAAACGAAUACGUUGGAGGACAUACCAACACGGUCACGUACAAGGACACUCCAGUCGACACUGGCUUUAUCGUCUUCAACAAGCUCACCUAUCCCAACUUUGUCAAGUUUUUGGAGGUCCUCAAUGUGGAUUACAUCGCCUCUAACAUGUCCUUCUCAGUCAAGCGAGCCUUCGCACCUGCCUACGAAUGGUCCGGCAAUGGGAUCUUCAGCCUCUUCAGCGGGAUCUCCAGUUGGGCCGAUCGCUUUGGACAGGUUCGGCUCAUUUGGGAUCUCGUACGGUUUAACCACUUGGCAGUCGAUGUGCUCUUUGGACCAGAGGGAGAGCUCUCGAUUGAAGAAUAUCUCCUGAAACACGGAUAUUCAGAUUCCUUCAAAAGGAACUAUUUGUUGCCAAUUAUUUCUUCAAUCUGGUCAACUCCCGCAAACAAAACGGCGAUGCAUUUUCCGACGAGGACUUUGAUCAGAUUUAUGUCGAAUCACCAUCUCCUUCAAGUAUUCAAUCAACCACAAUGGUUAACGAUCAAAAACGGCUCAAAGACCUACGUGGACAAGAUCCUGUCGAAAUUAGAUCCGAAGAACUGCUUUACAUCAACACCCAUCGAGUCAAUUUCGAUGGACCAAUCUUCCAAAAAGGUUUCCUUGAAAGCUUCCAAUUCUCCAACCCUUCAUGGACCAUACGAUCAAGUCAUAUUUGCCUCGCAUGCCGACCAAACCGUGAAGAUUUUGAAGAAUAGCCAAUGUUCCGACGUCUUGUCUGCUGAGAUCGACGUCUUGUCCCGAUUCGAAUUCAAUCAAAACGAAGCUGUCUUGCACAAUGAUGUCAGCUUGAUGCCCCGCAACCGGGAUACUUGGACUUCUUGGAACUACCUUAUCACAGAUCCCUGCCAAAACCAGCCUCCCACCAAACCGCAUACCCAGGAGAAAGCUAGCGACGUAUCUUGUGUGGAAAAUACUGUGUGCUUGACCUAUUGGAUGAACUUGCUCCAAUCGAUCCCAGAGAAAUCGUGUGGUCCAGUGCUUGUGACACUGAACCCCCAAGAAGAAAUCAACCCCAACUGCGUAUUUGGACGAUGGAAAUAUGACCAUCCACUAUAUACUAGUGAUAGUGUAAAGGCGCAAGAAGACAUUGGAGGGAUUCAGACCAAGAAUGGUCUGAGUUUUGUAGGCGCAUGGACGAACUACGGCUUCCAUGAGGAUGGGCUGACAUCCAGUCUGCGCUUGUUGCUACUCCAACAACCCGCACUGUUUGCUGUCCGGUCGCCGUUCGAGAAGGUUUCGGUCACCGAGGAGGCUGUCCGGCCCGUCGGACGUAUGACACGCUUUCUCUUCGGAUUUGUCCAGCUGUGCAUUCAGAUCAUCUGCUAUUUCGUCUGGCCUAUUGUCCGUACCAUUUUUAUUCGAACACCGGUCAAGUCGAAGCUUGCUUGA